UCGGCGUGGCUCGAGCCUCAAGGUCGGUUGGUGUCCUGCAGACCUGCCCGAGAGCCUCCCUGACGCACUCCUACCUAUAAAUACCGACGCCGGCCCAGGCAGAAGCACUCUUGUCACAGCACACAGCGCAACAUGAGGUUCCUGAUCGUCGCCGCCCUUGCUUCCGUGGCUGUUGCCGCCCCCCAGAACUACUUCUACUCGGCCCCCAUCGGCUGGCCCUAUGCCCUGACCCGCACCGUCGCUGCUGCCCCCCUGGUCUCCGUUCCCGUCGCUCUGUCCCACACCAAGUACCACGCCCAGGAUGUUUUGGGACAGGCCAGCUUUGGACACAGCGAGGCCCUGCAGAACCGCGCCGAGGUUCGUGACGCUCUUGGAAACGUGCGCGGAUCUUACAGCUACGUCGACCCUAACGGCAAGGUGAACAUUGUCGAGUACACCGCUGGACACGGUGGAUUCCGCGUCCUCGGCGCCAACAACCUGCCCGAGGCCCCCGUCGCCCCUGAGGCUCCCGUCGCCCCCGCUCUGGUUGCCCCCGAACCCGUUCAGGACACCGCUGAGGUUGUUGCUGCCCGCGCCGAGUUCGCCCGCCUGUACAAGGAGGCCGCCGAGGCCGCCGCCGCCGACAAGGUUCCCGAGGUUCCCGCUGAGAAGGUUGAGUCCUCCCGCCGCCGUCGUUCCGUCUUCAUCAGCACCCCCUACGUCGCCGCCCCCGUCUUGGCCAAGACCUCCAUCAAGUACAACACCUACGAGCCCGUCGAUGCCCUCACCCCCGCCGCCACCCGCAAGAUCGAGCUCACCGAGAAGGAGCAGGAGGUUCUGACCCACGUGGCCGCCCCCUUCGCUUACACCGCCUACGCCGCCGCCCCCGUCGCUUUCGCCGCCCCCGUGGCCGUUGCCGCUGCCCCCGCCGAGGCUGCCCCUGCUGAGGCCGCCCCCGAAGCCGUCGCCGUCGAGGCCAAGAGCGCCGAGGUCAAGACCGAGGAGGCCAAGCCCGUCGCCACCCCCCUCGUCUACAGCUACGGCCUCACCGGCUACGGCUUCGCCGGAUACCCUUUCUACCACUUGUAAAUCUUGCCCAACGCGCCGCACAUCGUUACGCAGCGGCCAACGGCCGCCUGGAAAACACGUCCGCGGCGGCCCUUGGCUCUGCGUAUCGGUCGGAGAAAUGAGAAAUUGUGACUUGUCAUUUUUGUAAUGCGCCCAUACCUGAUCUAAACAAAUAAAUCCUACUGCCUUUCAAAUAUUUAAA